AUGUUCGGAAAGAAGAAGAAAAGACUCGAAAUUUCUGGGCCCUCUAACUUUGAGCAUCGGGUUCACACUGGCUUUGACCACCGGGAGCAGAAGUUCACGGGACUACCUCAGCAGUGGCACAGCUUGCUGGCGGACACGGCCAACCGGCCGAAGCCUAUGGUGGAUCCCUCAUGCAUCACUCCCAUCCAGCUCGCGCCUAUGAAGACUAUUGUUAGAGGAAAUAAGCCUCGAAAGGAUACUUCAAUCAACGGCCUGCUGGAAGAGUUCGACAAUAUCUCGGUGACGCGAUCCAAUUCGCUGCGGAAGGAAAGUCCUCCCACCCACCACCAAGGAAACGCAAACCAUGUGCCGAGGCACCAAGAGGAAAAUGGUUAUAUCACAUAUUCCCAGUACUCCAGUGAGUCAGACACUACAACGGACUAUGUUGUGGAAAAAUAUCGAGACAAGACUCUCUACGGGGAAGAGUUAGACCGGUACUACAAAGGGAGCUACGCCGCCAAGCAGAAUGGGCACAUGAUGAAGGUGACUUCCCGGGACAUCUAUUAUUCGGAAGUGACGCCCCUGCAGUCAGACCUCUCCAGGUUCCUCCCAGAUUACCAUCCACACCUGGACACAAAGCCCAAACCGCUGGAAUAUGGUGGCCUAAAGCUGGAGUAUCAGCGGAUACCCAGCGGAUCCUCCCUGGACUAUAGAGAUCCCUUUCCUUACACCCCAUCCCGAGCGUCGGUGCAGAGCGAGUGCCCCAAGGAGAGGCUGGACUACAGCGAUGGCGACUGGGGACAUGGCCUGGGCAAGGACGACUAUGACAAGAGGCCGAAGUCAUCCUACGUGGACCCAGCAAGCCCUCAGCCAGCCAUGAGGCAGAGAUCCAGGUCGGGCUCUGGUCUGCAGGAGCCAGCCAUGCCCUACGGAGCAAGUGCUUUUAAAGCACACCAGCAAGGACACUCCUACAGCUCCUACACCUACCCCCGCUUGUCCGAAACUGCGGCAGGCAUCCCCAAGGUGGAUUACGAUCGGGCGCAGCUGGUCGUUAGCCCACCGCUCUCUGGAUCGGACACCUACCCCAGGGGACCAGUAAAGCUACCUCAAAGUCAGAGCAAAGUCAGCUAUUCGAGCAGCAGCUACCAGUACCCUUUGGUCUACCACAAAGCAUCCCACUAUCACCAGCCGUCUCUCCAGCCCAGCUCUCCCUAUAUUUCCACCGCCUCCUACCCCAGCUCCCCAAGUAUCACGUCAAGUGCUUAUCCUCCACCCAGCUGGGGAUCCUCCUCAGACCAGCAGCCCUCCAGGGUGUCCCAUGAACAGUUCAGAGCUGCCCUGCAGCUAGUGGUCAGCCCCGGCGACCCCCGGGAGUACUUGGACAGCUUCAUCAAGAUUGGGGAGGGCUCCACGGGGAUCGUCUGCAUCGCCACCGAGAAGCACACAGGAAAGCAAGUCGCCGUGAAGAAGAUGGAUCUCAGGAAGCAGCAGAGGAGGGAGCUGCUCUUUAAUGAGGUUGUAAUCAUGAGAGAUUACCAUCAUGAAAACGUGGUUGACAUGUACAACAGUUACCUUGUUGGCGAUGAGCUGUGGGUUGUGAUGGAGUUUCUGGAGGGCGGCGCUCUGACAGAUAUAGUGACUCACACGAG